GGACCGCGUGUCAUCACCAGAUUUUCAUUUCGUAUGAAGACUAAACUCUGGUAACUGGAAGCAUGAAAAAAAUAGUAGCAGAAGCAGCAGUUACCGAAACUAAAACUAACCGAACAAUCUGCUGCUAAUUCUUGUAAACUGGUGAAAUGGAAAACGAAUCAUUGAAUCCUGAUAACGUACGAGCGGACUUCAUUAAAGUCCUUUGUAGCAGACGAUCCGCCAAAGUUCCGUUAUCAGUUGAAGAAGGAAAACCUGUCGUGAAUCCUUUAUAUCAGGGUCAUGGACCUCCGCCUCCAACCGAGGCGAUGGAGCAUUGUCCCAAGGCAGAGUUGAAGGAUUUUAAAAGUUUACUUGAAGAGGAGGAUCUUUAUUUGAUUACUGAGGCUGGAGAUCAAGGGCGUCUGCCUAUGCUGAUUCUUAGCUUGAAAGAGAGACAUUACAAAAGGCCUGCUGUAGUUUUCUUGCAUGGCACACAUUUAACCAAAGAAUGGCUUCGUCCUAUGCUUGAGGCCUAUGCUUCACGCGGAUACGUGGCCAUUUCAAUUGACUGUCGCCACCAUGGUGAACGUGCAAGUAGUAAAACCACUUACCAAAAAGCCCUUGUAUCGGCAUGGAAGAAUGGUGACACAAUGCCUUUCUUAUUUGACACGGUUUGGGACUUGAUAAAACUGGCAGAUUAUCUCACAGAGAGACAAGAUAUUGACUCCACCAGGAUAGGAAUUACCGGCAUAUCACUAGGAGGAAUGCUUUCAUGGCUUGCUGCUGUUGCUGAUACCAGAUAUGCAGUGACUGUCCCUAUAUUAGGUGUGCAGGGAUUCCGUUGGGCCAUAGACAAUGAUGAGUGGGGAAGCCGGGUUGACACUAUAAGGCCUGUAUUUGAAGAAGCACAAAAAGAUUUAGGGAAGAACACAGUUGACAAAGAAGUGGUGGAGAAGGUGUGGGAUAGGAUUGCUCCAGGUCUGGCCUCUAAGUUUGAUUUACCUAACACAAUUUCCGCCAUUGCUCCACGUCCACUGCUUAUUCUUAAUGGUGCAGAAGAUCCGUAUUGCCCGAUCGCGGGUUUAGAAAUUCCUAAAGAAAGAGCACAGAUGGCUUAUGAAGAAUCCCAUAGCCAGGAUAAAUUCAAGCUAGUAGCGGAACCUGGGAUUGCGCAUCUUACGACACCAUUCAUGGUGAAAGAAGCGGCUGAUUGGUUCGACAAGUUCCUCAAGUGAUGUUAUUUUUUAUGUAUAUUGCCAGUAAUGUAAGAGCUCUUGCUUAGAAUGUCCCAAGGGGAAUGUAAAUAAGUGCACAUUUUAUAGUUCUCUUAAUAAUGCAUUACUCGUCUUAGCAUAUAAUGAGAGGUAUUUACAGCCUCUUUUAGAGCAGUUUAUGAUCACAUUGUGUUGAUACUUGGUGGCCGGUGGCCCGGUAACAGUAUCCAGGCCACGCCUCGCGCUAUUUGUACGUUGUGGAGAUUAUAAAUGUAUUACACUUUUUGCA